AAUAAAAUAUAAUCAGAAUCCUGCAAGUCGUCUUUUCCUAUUCCAACCUUCCAUCUCUAAUCAAUCCAAUGUCUCUAGAGAGUUCUAAUCCACCAUUACAUUAACAGACGCAAUCGUAGCCUUAAUUGAGAUUGCGAACACGGAGAUACCUUGCUUUUUUCAAUCCAUCAAUGGCGUCGUCGGAUCUGGAAAAGAAGGCGAAGGAGGCGUUCAUCGAUGACCACUUUGAGCUAGCAGUUGACCUAUACUCUCAAGCCAUUGCCUUAAGCCCUAGCAACGCGGAGCUCUUUGCUGAUCGUGCUCAGGCCAAUAUUAAGCUCCAAAACUUUACUGAGGCUGUUGCUGAUGCAAAUAAAGCAAUUGAGUUGGACCCUUCAAUGGCCAAGGCGUAUCUGCGCAAAGGAAUGGCCUGUUUCAAGCUCGAAGAAUAUCAGACUGCUAAGGUGGCCCUGGAAACUGGUGCUUCUCUAGCACCUGGAGAUUCCAGGUUUACCAACUUGAUCAAAGAAUGUGAUGAGCGCAUAGCAGAGGAAGCUGCUGAGCUGCCUAAGCAAUCGGUUGAUAAAGCUCGAACAAAUGGGAUAACUCAAAAUAAUAUGCCGCCAGUUGUUGGCUUGUCUAGUCAAGGAACUAGUACAACACUGUCGUCUACAAGACCCAGAUACAGGCAUGAAUUUUACCAGAAACCAGAGGAAGUGGUGGUAACAAUAUUUGCAAAGGGCAUACCGGCAAAUAGCGUUGUGGUUGACUUCGGUGAACAGAUACUUAGUGUUACCAUCGAGUUGCCUGGUGAAGAAGCAUAUCAUUUUCAACCUCGCUUAUUUGGAAAGAUAAUUCCUGAAAAAUGUAGAUAUGACGUCAUGUCAACAAAAAUUGAAAUCCGACUUGCAAAAGCAGACACUGUUCAUUGGACAUCCCUUGAAUUUGUUAGGGACGUUGCAGUUCUACAGAAACCGAAUGUAUCAUCAGGAAUUCAAAAACCUACUUAUCCCUCCUCCAAACCAAAGAGAGUAGAUUGGGAUAAGUUGGAAGCAGAAGUAAAAAAGGAGGAGAAGGAAGAGAAACUAGAUGGUGAUGCAGCUUUGAACAAAUUUUUCAGAGACAUUUACCGAGAUGCCGAUGAAGAUACAAGAAGAGCCAUGAGCAAAUCUUUUGUUGAGUCAAACGGGACAGUGCUAUCAACAAAUUGGAAGGAAGUGGGUUCAAAGAAGGUCGAAGGAAGCCCCCCUGACGGCAUGGAGAUGAAGAAAUGGGAGUACUGAAGUCUUUGAUCAAUUUCGCAAGUUUUGUGACCUGAAAUCACUUUUGAUCUGAGUUGGAUUUGUUGUGAUUUAACUUGUUCAUAUUUAUCUCUUUUGCCUAGUACAAACUAUUGCGCAAAGUGUAUUUCCUAGAGAUGUAAGUUAAAUCAUUGUGUUUGCAUGUUUUGUACACAGAUUUCGGUAUUUAUACGGUGAUCACCCUUGCUGAAUACGUUAUUAUGAUGCGAAAGUAGUUCACUAGUUGCUAGGUAA